AUAAGUCUCACACACUUUCUGAGAUGGCGAGCAUAGCAGAGCAUUAUGUUCAGAACCUCACUCAAGUGCCUCAGGAGUUUCUUGUUCUUCAAGGCAAAGAGAGGCCCUUGUUUGAGCGUGGUGUGUUUGAGGAGCUGCCCUUAGUUGACAUGAGUGAGCAUCCCGAGCAAAUAAACCAGAAAAUUUCUGCUGCUUGUCAGGAAUGGGGAUUCUUCCAGGUCGUGAAUCAUGGUAUUCCUCUAGAUGUGGUGGAGAAUGCAAGGAAAGCAGCAAGAGGCUUCUUUGAGCUUCCAUUUGAGGAAAAAAUGAAAUCGGCUCGAGAUGAAGGGAAAACAGAUCAGAUUGCUGGUUAUGGACGUACAGAGGGCUUCAGAGGGCAGCAUACUGAUUGGAUGGAUUCACUCUAUGCCUUCCUUGCUCCUCAUUCACUCAAAGCUCCGCAUCUGUGGCCCUCAACGCCCACAGACUAUAGAGAAACAAUAGAAGAGCUUGGAAAGGAAUCUAACAAGCUUAUGAUGCAUUUGCUUAGUAUAAUAUCUGAAGAUUUGGGGAUGCCAACUGAGGGUCUGGGCAAGGAAUUUUCAGGCUACAAUCUUUUCUACAGGGCGAAUUAUUAUCCGCCAUGCCCACAUCCAGAUAAGGUGCUGGGCACUCAUGCACACACAGACCAUGGUGCAAUUACUAUUCUUGUUCAAGAUAAUGUGUGUGAUGGCUUACAAGUUGAGAAAAAAAGUGGGGGUUGGAUCUCUGUUGCUCCUCUUCCUGGUGCUCUUGUUAUCAAUCUGGGCGAGUCCCUUGUGAAAGUGAGUAGAGGUAAGUACAGAAUUGCUCUGCACAGGGGUGUGUUGACAAACAAAACUACAGCCAUGACACUUGUGCUUCACUUGGAUCGUCCACUCAGUCUUCCUUCUAAUUAGACCUCCUCCGAACUAUAUAUCAUACCAUCUUGCAAUAGAAUACCUCUACAUAAAUGCAAGAAGUUUUCAUUAACUCUGAAGAUCUAUUAUAUUUUCUGCAGACAGGUUUGAAUAUAAAUAAUUAGCAGUUGAAAAUUCUAUGGUUUAGUAGUAAUACAACUUGGUUUGUUCCAAGAUGGAUUAUCAGAGUUUUGUGCUCUGCCCUAUGUUUUAUGUGCAAGAACUAUAUUAUCAGUUCAUAAAAACUUAUUACUUC